GAGAAUGUUUACAAAAUACUGUUAGCGAAGAUUUACAAAAUACUGUUAGCCAAGCUUCACAAGUUUCAAUAAAUAGAGACAAUAGUGGUGAAAGUUUACAAGAAAACUUUUUCGAUAGUAAAAGUUUGCUCUUUGAUAAAAGUCAACAUACUAAUGAUCUCAAAUACAAUUCUUUUAUGACUUCAGAUACAUCUAGUGUUGUAACCUUCAAUCUCCCUCAGGGCAAGAUUCUUGUGGAUACGAAACAUCAUAUUGGUAAUCUAGGGUGUAGAAGUUGUCUGGUGCCUAAGGAACAAUUAAGUGAUCUUAGUUUUGAUAUACCAUCAUCUACACAAAUCGUAAACGAAAUCGUUUUAUGCUGGGUGGCCGUCGCCAAAGCAUCACGUUUAAGUUUCAGCUUUACUUUUACCGAACAAACAUAUAAAGAAUUAGAUAAUGCUCUAAAAAUUGAGCAUAUUCUUUUACUAAAG